UCAUCGUUUCCAACUCGGAACUGGCCAGAGAAGUGUUGAAGGAGGAGGAUCAGCAGUUGGCGGAUCGGCACAGGAGCAGAUCCGCGGCUAAGUUUAGCAGGGACGGCCAGGAUCUUAUCUGGGCAGACUAUGGGCCUCACUACGUUAAGGUGAGGAAGAUGUGCAAUCUCGAGCUGUUCACUCCGAAGAGACUCGAAGCUUUGAGACCAAUCAGAGAGGAUGAGGUCACCGCCAUGGUUGAGUCCAUUUUCGUUGACUGCACCCGACCCGAGAAUGCUGGGAAAAGUUUGUUGGUAAAGAAAUACUUGGGAGCAGUGGCAUUCAACAACAUAACCAGGCUAGCGUUCGGGAAGCGAUUUGUGAAUGCAGAGGGCAUAAUGGACGAACAAGGCUUGGAGUUCAAGACCAUUGUUGCCAAUGGAUUGAAGCUGGGUGCUUCACUGGCCAUGGCAGAGCAUAUCCCCUGGCUUCGCUGGAUGUUCCCAUUAGAGGAAGAGGCCUUUGCCAAGCAUGGUGCACGAAGGGACCGUCUGACUCGAGCCAUCAUGGAGGAGCACACCCUUGCUCGCCAAAAGUCUGGUGGUGCCAAACAACACUUUGUUGAUGCAUUGCUCACUAUGAAGGAUAAAUAUGACCUCAGCGAAGACACCAUUAUUGGACUCUUGUGGGACAUGAUCACUGCAGGAAUGGACACGACAGCUAUCUCAGUAGAGUGGGCAAUGGCCGAGCUAAUCAAGAACCCAAGAGUACAACAAAAGGCUCAGGAGGAGCUAGAUCGAGUGAUCGGAUUUGAACGGGUAAUGACAGAAACUGACUUCUCAAGCCUACCCUACCUCCAAUGUGUAGCAAAAGAGGCAUUAAGGAUGCACCCACCAACCCCUCUGAUGCUCCCCCACCGAGCCAAUGCUGACGUCAAGAUUGGCGGCUAUGACAUCCCAAAAGGCUCCAACGUUCAUGUGAAUGUCUGGGCAGUGGCACGAGACCCGGCAGUGUGGAAGAACCCAUUGGAGUUCAGGCCGGAGAGAUUUCUGGAGGAGGAUGUAGACAUGAAGGGUCAUGAUUUCAGGCUGCUGCCAUUUGGAGCAGGGAGGAGGGUGUGCCCUGGUGCGCAGCUGGGCAUAAACCUGGUCACCUCCAUGUUGGGUCAUUUGUUGCACCAUUUCGUCUGGUCUCCGGCCGAGGGUCUGAGCGCAGAUGAGAUUGACAUGGCUGAAAACCCUGGAUUGGUUACUUACAUGAGGACGCCUAUACAAGCUGUGGCCACUCCACGGUUGCCUUCUCAUUUGUACAAACGGGUGCCUGCGGAUAUCUAAACAUCCUAAACCGCUGGCUUCCAUCUGCUACUUGGUCCUUGUAGUUUUUCAGGUUUCGGAUUAUGAAAAAGGAAAAACUUCACUUUAGAUUUUAAAGAGUUCCUAAGUGAUCGACUGUAUGAAGCAGCACUUUUUAUACUGUUAAUUGCAUUUUUUUUUUCUCUAAAGAACAUUACAGUGAAAUUUAUCUCAUUAUAGUAAUUGGGACGAUAA